AUGACAACCCCAAAACCAAUCUCACAGUCUUCGUUGGCUAGACCUGCCGUGUCCAACAGCCUCAGUGUUUCCCCUACCGCUACUUUCCACUCACCACCCGCGUCGAGCAGCUUCAUGGCCAGCCUUGCGUUGCGCGCUGCUGCUAAGCAGCUCAAGCCGUUCAGCACGGAGGACAUCAAGAUUCUGCUGCUGGAGAAUGUGAACCAGACCGGGAGGGAUAUUCUGUCUGGUCAGGGGUACCAGGUUGAAUUUCACAAGGCUUCGUUGCCGGAGGAUCAGUUGAUUGAGAAGAUUAGAGAUGUCCACGUCAUUGGCAUCCGCUCAAAGACAAAGUUGACGGCCAAGGUGCUCCAGGAGGCCAAGAACCUUCUCGUCAUCGGCUGCUUCUGCAUCGGCACUAACCAGGUUGAUCUGGAUUAUGCUGCCAAGCAGGGUAUCGCUGUUUUCAACUCUCCCUUUGCCAACUCGCGCAGUGUGGCCGAGUUGGUGAUUGCCGAGAUUAUCUCUCUUGCCCGCCAGCUGGGCGAUCGCUCGAAUGAGCUUCACCGGGGCACUUGGAACAAGGUCAGCGCCAAGUGCUGGGAGGUGCGUGGCAAGACGCUGGGUAUUGUUGGGUAUGGGCAUAUUGGCUCGCAGCUGUCGGUGUUGGCGGAGGCGAUGGGGAUGAAUGUCAUUUACUAUGACGUGGUCAGCUUGAUGGCCAUUGGUACCGCGAGGCAGGUGCCUACGCUGGAGGCGCUGCUUGGGGAGGCGGAUUUUGUCACGCUGCAUGUGCCCGAGACUCCGGAGACGAAGAACAUGCUGGGGGCGAAGCAGUUUGAGCAGAUGAAGAAUGGGUCUUAUCUUAUUAAUGCCAGCCGUGGGACGGUGGUUGAUAUCCCGGCGCUGAUCAAGGCUAUGAGGGCGGGCAAGGUUGCUGGUGCGGCGCUGGAUGUCUAUCCUAAUGAGCCGGCUGGGAAUGGGGAUUACUUCACCACUGACCUGAACCCGUGGGCGGAGGAGCUCCGCGGUCUCAACAACAUUAUUUUGACUCCUCAUAUCGGUGGUAGCACGGAGGAGGCGCAGAGGGCGAUUGGUAUUGAGGUUGCGGAUGCGCUCGUGAGGUACAUCAACCAGGGUGUCACCCUUGGGAGCGUCAACCUGCCCGAGGUCAACAUGCGCCAGCUUACCCUCGACGAGAGCAACCACGCGCGCAUCAUCUACAUCCAUCGCAACGUGCCCGGUGUGCUGCGCAGGGUGAACGAGAUCUUGGGCGACCACAACGUCGACAAGCAGAUUUCGGACUCCAAGGGCGACAUUGCUUACCUCAUGGCCGAUGUUAGCGACGUCCGGCCGGAGGAUAUCAAGGAGAUUCGGGACAGCUUGGACGGACUCAGCUCACGCAUUCUUACCCGGGUUCUGUAUUAG